UAUAGCAUCAGAUUGAUAAAUGGUUAUAAUGUAAAUAGUUUUUAUUUCAUCUUUUUGUGUCUCUAUUGAGCUGUUUAUAGCAUUUGUUGGAUUUUGUUAUUUGAUGCAAAAAUGUAUUCAGAAAGUUAAACAAGUGAUAAAAAUACAAGUUAAUGCAGAAAACAGAAAAAAGUUUCAGGACUUCAGCAGCUAAACAUUUAGUUUGAUAUUUUUAGUUUAUUUGACUCUAAUCUGAUUCCAGCAGAUUUUCUACAAACUGCAGAUUUACUGAAUUACCUUCAGCUUCUGGUUUUUACUGUCAAUAUUUGCCAUAUUUUCCAUGUGCAGCUCUCAGUCAUGAUGAACGUUGGAUUCUCCCUCCUGAUGAUCGCAGGCCUCCUGGCCGUCUCUGCUCUGCAGGCGGAUCAAACCAUCCGGCAGUUCCGUUACGUCGGCCUGGCGAAGAACUGGAGCGACGCCCAGACCUACUGCCGGGAGAGGUUCUCCGACCUGGCCUCCAUCCUGAACGCCGCCAACGGCACCAAGGCCCGGCAGGCGGCAGGGACCUCCCAGGUCUGGAUCGGACUCUUUAACGGCACCUGGAAGUGGUCCCAGGAUGAGAACCAGUUUCCCCCCAGCAGAAGCGGCUCCAUGUUCACCAUGUGGAGCUUCAACGAGCCGCAGGACCGGAAAUGCACGUUGCUCAGUAAAAGCGGGUACUGGUCCGCCAAGGACUGUGGAGACCUGAACGAGUUUUUAUGUUAUGAUGGUUCCUCUGACAGCAACGUCCUGGUGAAGCAGAAGAUGAGCUGGUCUGAUGCUCAGGCUUACUGCAGGGGAACGCACACAGACCUGACCACCAUCAGAGAUGUCGCCAAGAGCUUCUGGAUGACCACCCUCCUGCCUGACUCCACUUUCAACUUACAGACCCUCAGCAUGAGCCCCCUAGCGGUGGCCUGGAUCGGUCUGCACCGGUCCGACUGGGCGUGGUCCGACGGCAGCAGCGCCUCCUACUGGCCCUGGGCCACCCAGGGCGCUACAGAGCAGACCGACUGUGUGACGAUGGACUUCUCCAGCGGCAGCUGGUUCCAGCAGUCCUGCAGCGACAGAUUCAGCUUCCUCUGCAGCGCCGACGUCGUUCCGUCAGCGGCCAGGGCGCUGAAGAUUCGUCUGGAGGCCGGAAAUGCAGACCUGAACGACGCCGCCGUGCAGGAAUCCAUCCUGCAGCAGCUGAGGACGAAGAUGGAGGAGCAGGGAGUGGCAGAGGAGGUGAAGCUCAGCUGGAGGAUUCAACCUGACGGGAAGGUUUUCCACCGGCAGCAGGAGGAAACAGCGCCCCCUGCCUGCGAGGCGGAAAUAUGCCACUCAGUUUAACACGACCACUAAUUAGUUUCUGCUUCUUCUUGUUGGUCUGUGGUGAAACUCUCUGCUAGUCAUUGGUUUGCUAUUAAUGCUAAUAUUACCAAUAAUAAUAUUCAUUCACAGGAUAAAUACUUUGUGAUUGUUGGCAUCAUUUGUUGAAAUAUGUAAGCAAGUCUUUCAUUAAAGCAGGUUAAAAAUGUCUAACUUCUCACUUUGUUCACUGUUGAAGCAUCUUAUGUUAUCACAUUAUCAUCCUGUGUGAGUGUAAAAACACAACUCAGAUUAAUCAGAUUAAUAAUCCUUUAAUCUUCAGAUUAAUGACAACAUACUGAAUAUAAAAAUAUUUUAAAAUCGUCACAGUUUUAGAUGAAUAAAUGAGGACCGUCGUCUCCUGGAUCUAAAAGUUUCGAUCAGCGUGGAGAGAAUCAUUUCAACAGAUUAUUGCUCAUUUUAUCCGUUAAAUCUAGAUUAUGAAGCAUAUGGAAUUACAUGAAGAUUAGUGGCAACAAACCUGAGUAUAUAUGUAUCUAACUAUGAAGUCAGAUUUUGUCAACCUUUCUAGAAGUAGUACACAUUGGUUGCUUGAUUAUAAUAGAGAAAUACACAAUAAAA